AACGUGGAUUAUAUAUGAACCGCGAACCGUAGUCAUCAUUUUUAGAACCCUCGAGCACACCAGACAGAGUGAGAAGAGAGAGAAAGCCAAUAAACUUCCCAUACGAUCGUUAACAUUUCUAGGGUUAGGGUUUUGAAAUUCUUCCCCAACGCAACCAAAAUCGAUGAUGUCCUCCGGAAACACUACAAUCGCCACCGCCUCUUCACAGCAGGAUGGAAAUGCGCCGUCGAAGCCGCCACUGAGGAAGCCGACUUUCGUCAAGGUCGACCAACUUAAACCAGGCACUUCCGGCCAUACUUUGAUCGCCAAAGUUCUAAGCUCUAACACCGUCUUGAAGAAAGGAAAGGCGGUUUCUCAGAACCUUCGCAACACCCGAAUUGCUGAGUGUGUUAUUGGUGAUGAAACUGGCACCAUCAUCUUCACCGCUCGCAACGAGCAAGUUGACAUAAUGAAGCCUGAUACAACUGUGAUCAUCCGAAAUGCAAAGAUUGACAUGUUUAAGGGAACAAUGAGGCUUGCAGUUAACAAGUGGGGCCGCAUUGAGGCAACUGAACCUGCUGAUUUCACUGUGAAUGAGGAAAACAAUCUCUCCUUGAUUGAGUAUGAACUUGUCAAUGUUGCAGAUGAGGGACAGUGAUCUUUAAGCUGGUAAAUAUUUUCCAAGUGUGAAGAAAGUUUUGGGGUUAGUCUAACUUGUCUGGUUGGUAAUUUGGUAAAGGGCUCUCUCUUAAUUUAAUGAUUAGUUGGAAUAUUAGUAAUUGGUAUAGAUAUAUGCUAAAGCCGCAGUGAGGCAUGAACUUCGGAACUUGGUAUUUAGUAAUUGAUGUUCUGGUUAGUGCUUUGGCUUGUUGCUGGACAUGGGGUUGUAAAGAAACGAAGUGUUAAUGAUAAUGAUGAAUGGAUGAUGAUCUGCUUAUUGUUGACUUGAA